UCAUCAAGCAUGUAUCAACCUAAGUGCUCGAAUAAAAGUUGUUGGUUAUGUAUGUUUAAACUGUCGUAUUAUAAUGAAAAAAACAGGUGUAUUGUCAUCGCAUAGUGUGGUUGUUUGUGAUAGUAGCAGUAAACCAGAGAAACAACUAGUUAAAGAACUCACCACCCCUACAUUCAACUUAACUUCUUCUAACACUGGAGUAUACCAGAAUGCACCUAGUACAGACGGAAACAUUAAUUCCAAUAUAGGUGAUGCUAUUUAUAAACUACCAUUUGAGUAUGGAUGGAAACGAGAAUUAGUGUAUAGAUCAUCAGGCGAAUCUGCUGUUCUUAAUCAGGCAAAUCGAACUGAUAAUGUAUACUAUUAUUCUCCAAAUAACCAGAAACUACGAUCAUUACAAGAAAUUCAAGAAUAUUUGGAUAUCUCAUCUGAUAAAACUUCUCUUACUAUAGACAGUUUUACAUUCUUAACUCAACCAAUUGGCAUGAAUAAUCCAUCAAAAGAAGUGAUCGUAGAUAUAAGUUUUAUAAGAUUUAGGGAUGACACUACUGUUGGUGUUGCUGUUCAACCUAAAAAAUGUAAAACAACUGAACAGCGCCCACCAUUUGAUUACGAACUGUCAGAUGAUGAAAACAAAAAGACCGCUGGUAAACUGAAAAUGGUUUUUAAAAAUGCGAAGACUUCCUCAAGAUUAAUAUCCAAAAAAGGGAAUUUUGAAUUAAUGAAUACAUCUUCAUCCACACAGGAAUACACAUCCAAAGACCUUCAAGCUAUUAAAUUUAGAAUGUCGACAAAAGUUUCUCCUGAACUUGAGAACAUUGAUAUAAAUACCAAAAUCAUGGAAAGACGGAAUUCUGAGAUAAAUGGUUCUUUUAAAGAAAUUUCAACUCUUUUCACAUCCAUGCAAUCAUUGAACAAUAUGGUUAAAGCAUUGGAAGACGUUUUUAAAUAUUUAAAUACACAUGAGCUUAUAUCCGCUUCUAGAGUAUGUACCACCUGGCAUAUGAUUGCAAUGAACAAGUUCUUAUGGCAAAAUGUUCGUUUAAAAAAUUCUAUGGUUUAUGACUGGGAAAGGUUUGUAGACUCUAUUGAUCAACAAAGAACUUAUACAUUAGAUACUAGACAAAUGCUGAUACCUAUAAAUGAUGAUGAAUUCAAAAAUUUUUGGUUGCAUUUUUCCAAAGCAAUGAAAAGAGCACAUAAGUUAAAAUUCAUUGAAUUGUAUAGAUGUCCUACUCAUAUAGUUGAAGAUAUUAUUCAUUCAUUACCUCAACUUGAAGUACUUAAUGCAACUUCAAUAAAAAAUCAAAAUGUAACAAAAGAUUCGAAAAAUCCCCAUGACCUUAUGGCUCUAAACCUAAAUUAUUUAGGCCAAAUGACAAAGCUCACUGAACUAAGACUAAAAGGUUUGAAUGGAAUCAAAUUAACGUCAUUGCCAUCAUUUGAAAAUUUAAUAAAUUUAAAUAAAUUUUCAUUAACAUCCAUAAAAUCAUUUCCAAAAAACAUCUGUCAGAGUUUGAAUACUAUUACUGAUAACAUAGAGUUUUUGGAAAUCGGUGAUUGCGAUUUUUUAUCAAAAGAUUUUGCUAUGUUGCUAAAAAGAUUUGUCAAUUUGAAAUCGUUGAGAUUGGAAAAUUGUUACGGUAAAUGGGAAAGUUGUGCACAAGACGUUUUUACUGCUAUUAGGGGUCUUGAAAAGCUCACUAUUCUGGAAUUGGUAAAUAUAGAAUUCAGUAAUUGUGUUGAAGAUGAAUUGGAAAAAUGUGUUGAUAUUAAAGCUUUGUUGAUUAUUCCUGCUUAUAUGAGCAAAUCUGCAACUACCAACUGCCACUUGAUUGACUGUCUCAGGAAACUCUCCAAGACAUUAACACACUUGGUUUGGGGAUUGACUCUUGAAUUACUCCGUGUUACUGACUUAUUUAUAACUCAAUAUCAACAAAACCAGCAUAGUAUUGGUAAUAAUCUAGAAUUAUCCCAUACCAAAGAAACGACCAUACCUAUACGAAGGACAAGAAAACCCAGACAGCGACCAGAAGAAGAGCCUGCUCUCAAAAAUGGCAAGGAUGAAGACAAAUCAGAUAUCGUUGAUUUACAUUCAGUUUUUGCUUUAGAGAAAUUGUUAGCUACAAUGAUGCCGGAUGCUAAAACUAGGGUAAUUAAGAUUCCCUUUUCGGGAACAGUUAGAGUUUAUUUGAGUGAACUGUUUAAUGAUCUUUGA